CCUGCCUGCUGCCACCCCGAAGCCCCUCUAGCUAAAGCCUGUAGACCUUCCCACUUCAAAAACCGGACUCUAUACUUUUGUCCCAACGCGAACCCACUACUCUCAAGCAAAAUGUACUGUUCUUGUUUCGUCGGGUGAAAAAAUAGUCCAAUGUAUAAGUAAGCUACAAUAGGCAGUAGUUGAGCUGUGUCGGAUAAGUUUUUUUCUUUGCCCACAGUUUUCGGCCCCGCGGCGGGGCAGGACAACAAGGGCAGCCCGGGGGGAGACGGAAACCGUAUGAUGUGGAUCUGGUACCUUCUGCUGGGUUCGGGGUCAGGCUCAAGAACUGUUGAGAGCCAGUCGCUUCCAGGGAACAACUUCACCACCGAGUGCAACAUCCCUGGAAUCUUCAUGUGCGGGGAUGGGAAGUGUGUCCCAGGCGGGCGGCAGUGCGACGGAUUACCCCACUGCUUUGACAAGAGUGACGAGAAAGGCUGUCCUAAGGUCAAGUCAAAGUGCGCCCCAACAUUCUUCGCCUGCACUAAUGGUGUCCACUGCAUCAUCGGACGCUUCCACUGUAACGGCUUCAGUGACUGUCCGGAUGGGAGUGACGAGGAGAACUGCACAGGCUCUGAGUGCUCGGAGACUCGCUUCAAGUGUCGGAAUGGCCACUGUGUGGACCGCAGCUUCUUGUGUAACGGCCAGGACAACUGUCAGGACAACAGCGACGAGGAGCACUGCGUUACUACAGCGGAAGCACCGGGGCAGGACUUUGUGACUCUGGACUAUCGCCUGCGCUACUACCCCAGCAUCACCUACGCCGUCAUCGGGAGCGCCGUCAUCUUCGUCCUGGUGGUGGCGUUACUCGCCCUGGUGCUUCAUCACCAGAGGAAGCGAAGCGUCCUGCUGCCCAGAGGCGUGAGAGGGAGCUCACAUCACCACCACCAGCCCCUGCUGCUGUCCCGUCUGGUCAUUUUGGACCGGGGCCACAUCCAUCCCAGGGGUCCAGGCCUCUCCCCCGGCUCCCCCACCGCAGCGGGCCAGUACAGCUCAACUCCUCAGGCACUGCAUCUGCUGUCUGGGACCCUUUAUCCCGGACUCUCCAUGGACUCACCUCCUUCAUACUCGCAAGCUGUUCUGGAUGUCAGUCGGCCUCCCUGGUUUGAUCUCCCUCCUCCCCCGUACAUCUCAGAAGGAGAGCUUCCAUCAGAGGGCGAGCUGCCUCAGUAUGAGGGCCCUCAGGACCCUUUGAGCCACCCCACAACGCAUCCCCCUGCACCCUCCACACCCAGAACUGUGGCCCACAGUUCCACACAGCCAACUUCCAGCUCCAGAGAGGAGUCGGAGCAGCCUUAGCCCCUCUGUUGGUAGAACUAGUCAGAACUCAGAGACUGCAGGACUGACGGAGCAGGCUGCUGGGCCACGAGGCCAGUACAGUCCACAGGAAAGGCCUGCGAUGGAGAAUCAACAGGGACUGAGAGACUAAGUGAUGUCCUAAACUUCUCCCUACACAUGGGCUGAUAGAAGCACUGGACUGAGAGGAUCUCAUCCUGCGAGACUGAUGUUGUGUGCUGGCUCCCUCUACUGAGGUCAUGGCUGCACUACACCCUCAUCUGCAACACAUUCAUUCAUUUCUCAACAGUUGGCUUUGGUUAACGUGCACUCCCCUUGGAAAUAUUCUCUGUAUGAUACAUUACAGUGACCAUAGCCUGCAUCUCUAAAGAAACUUACACUUAUUAUCAAAAUAUUCAUUAACCUAUCACAUGAUGCUAACUGAAAGGGUUGUGGUUGUAUAGUGUAGUUUAUGGAGUGGUGUUAUUGUCCUUUGUUUAACUCACUUGGGAAGAACUUAGACAGCGCCAUACACCAUUUCACAAUACUCUUACCGUACUUCACAUUUCACACCCACAAUGUUUUCCAUAGUGGGCUUUGUAAGAGAUAAUGUGUUAAAAUUGUAAAUACCUGACUGACAGAUAAAGUAUGUACUUUAUGAGGAUCACUGCUACAUUUGAUGAGUUAAUGUACUUAACUGAUAAUUUUUAGCUAUGGUAUGUUCAUGCCUUUUGUUUUUAAUGAAGUCAACACAUUUUUUAAGAGAAGACGAUACAGUAGUUUGAGUUUUAAAAGUGUAACAAAAACACGUACAAGAGGAGCUCAACAGAGGGAUUUUCAGUCUUGAACAAUGACCUAAUAAUAUGACUACAGUAUGCUGGUUAUAGUACAAAUCAACACUGUGUUACUCUUUCACUGGUACUAAAACUAAACUCAUGUAAGCAAGUGUUUCCGUGAGACAUUUCUAAGUGAGGUGUGGAGGAAUAUUUCUUGUUGUCAUUUGGUUAAAGUCAAACCAAAACCGUGAAAAGGACCAUUGAGAUUUGUUUAAAACAAUACUGAGCAGAAAUGAUAUAUAU